AUGACAGGCCCUGGAGAGAGACCAGACUCUCGCUCUGACAGCAGCAAGAGUUCCUCAGAGGAACCGGACACAGAGACGCCCAAACGAGCGAGACGACGCCACUGCUUCAACUGUGGAAAGAGUUUUACUAAGUUACAGAACCUAAAAAAGCAUGAGAGGACACACACAGGAGAAGAGCCUUUCAAAUGUUCCCAAUGUGGAAAGAUUUUUAUUCAGUUAGCGAGCCUGAAAAGACAUAAGAAAAUACACACAGGAGAGAAGCCUUAUCACUGCUCCCAGUGUGGAAAGAGUUUUAGGCUGUUAGGUAGCCUUAAGGAGCAUGAGAGAAUACACACGGGAGAGAAGCCUUUCCAAUGCUCUCAGUGUGAAAAGCGUUUUACCCAGUUAGGGAGCCUAAAAGAUCACGAGAGAAUACACACAGGGGAAAAACCUUUCCAAUGCUCUCAGUGUGGAAAGUGUUUUACCCAGUUAGGGAACCUAAAAGAUCACGAGAAAAUACACACAGGACAGAAGCCUUUCCACUGCUUCCAGUGUGGAAAGAGUUUUACCUACUUAGCACAUCUGAAAAACCAUGAGAAAGCACACACAGGAGAGAAGCCUCACCUCUGCUCUCAGUGUGGAAAGAGUUUUACCCAGUUAGGGGACCUGAAUAGGCACGAGAGAACACACACAGGAGAAAAGCCUUUCAAAUGUUCCCAGUGUGGAAAGAAUUUCACCCGGUUAGGGAACCUAAAAGAGCAUGAGAGGACACACACACGGGAAAAGCCCUACCCAUGCUCCCUGUGUGGAAAGAGUUUUACCCAAGUAGGGUAUCUGAAGAAACACGAGACAACACACACAGGAGAGAAGCCUCACCUCUGCUCCCAGUGUGGAAAAAGUUUUACCCAGUUAGGGGACCUGAAUAGGCAUGCGAGGACACACACAGGAGAGAAGCCUUUCAAAUGUUCCCAGUGUGGAAAGAAUUUUACCCGGUUAGAGAAUCUAAAAGAGCAUGAGAGGACACACACACUAGAAAAGCCUUUCCAAUGUUCCCAGUGUGGAAAGAGUUUUACCCGAUCAGGGAACCUAAAAGAGCACGAGAGGACACACACCCGGGAAAAGCCCUACCAAUGCUCCCUGUGUGGAAAAAGUUUUACCCACUUUGGGUAUCUGAAAAAACAUGGGAGAACACACACCCAGGAGAGAAGCCUCACCUCUGCUUCCUGACUGGAAAGAGUUUAACUAAGUUAGAGGUCCUGAAUAGGCAUGACAGGACACACAGGAGAGAAGCCUCACCUCUGCUUCCUGACUGGAAAGAGUUUAACUAAGUUAGAGGUCCUGAAUAGGCAUGACAGGACACACAGGAGAGAAGCCUCACCUCUGCUUCCUGACUGGAAAGAGUUUAACUAAGUUAGGGGUCCUGAAUAGGCAUGACGGGACACACAGGAGAGAAGCCUCACCUCUGCUUCCUGACUGGAAAGAGUUUAACUAAGUUGGGGGUCCUGAAUAGGCAUGACAGGACACACAGGAGAGGAUAAGACCUACCGCUGCUCCCUGUUGGGAAAGACAUUUAACCGGUUAAGACAUCUGAAUAAUCAUGAAAGAAUACAUACACAGGAGGAGAAGACAUACCACUGCUCUCAGUGUGCAAAGACAUUUUCCCGAUCAGGGGAAAACACACCAGAUAACUUUUCUUGCCCAGAGAGAGAGUUUUAAUUUGCAAGUAGACAAAUAAUACUGGUGACUAUAUAAAUAUUUACAUUAAAAAAGUAAUGAAACAGGCAGUUGAUCAAUAACCAAACUGAACUGACUCGAGAGAAAACACCAGAGAAUUGAGGAGCUGUGUUCUGUCUGAUGUUUUUGACUGAGAACUUGUGGUUUUGUUGAUGUCACAUGAAAUCAAAUUGUUUAUAUGGAUGAUUCUCUGUAAACCAGUUUUAAAACAAUUUCUGUAGAUAAUGGAGUUACAAAACCAUGAUGCAUCUGUAAAAACCAACUGUCAUUCUGAAGACUAAGUUUAGUAGUUACAAAACCAUGAUGCAUCUGUAAAAACCAUCUGUCAUUCUGAGGACUAAGUUUAGUCGUUACAAACCCAUGAUGCAUCUGUAAAAACCAUCUGUCAUUCUGAGGACUAAGUUUAGUAGUUAGAAAACCAACUGUCAUUCUGAGGACUAAGUUUAGUAGUUACAAAACCAUGAUAUGCAUCUGUAAAAACCAACUGUCAUUCUGAGGACUAAGUUUAGUCGUUACAAAACCAACUGUCAUUCUGAGGACUAAGUUUAGUAGUUACAAAACCAACUGUCAUUCUGAGGACUAAGUUUAGUCGUUACAAAACCAACUGUCAUUCUGAGGACUAAGUUUAGUCGUUACAGAACCAACUGUCAUUCUGAGGACUAAGUUUAGUAGUUACAAAACCAACUGUCAUUCUGAGGACUAAGUUUAGUAGUUACAAAACCAACUGUCAUUCUGAGGACUAAGUUUAGUAGUUACAAAACCAACUGUCAUUCUGAGGACUAAGUUUAGCCGUUACAAAACCAACUGUCAUUCUGAGGACUAAGUUUAGUCGUUACAGAACCAACUGUCAUUCUGAGGACUAAGUUUAGUAGUUACAAAACCAACUGUCAUUCUGAGGACUAAGUUUAGUAGUUACAAAACCAACUGUCAUUCUGAGGACUAAGUUUAGUAGUUACAA